CACCUCCUCCAGCAGCACAAUCCGCGCCUGUCCACAUUUACCGUGGCCCAGAAUCCAGGCGGGCGGGGCUCCUCAUCCAUCAGCGCCGCGGCUCAGGGCUAUUUGUUGCUCCCGCCACCGUCCUUGCUUACUUUCGGCGGCGGCAGUAGUGGUUGCGGGUGUGUCUUCGUGCGUGUGUGAGUGAGUAUAUGUGUUGCGGUGAUGCGUGUGUUGUGACAGUGCUCGGAGCUUCGUUCAAGGAGUUCACUGGUUCUUGAGGUUGUAUGCUGAAACUCUUCUGCGCCGCACCUUCAUUACUUUCAAAAGCCUCUAGCCUGGUUGAAGUUACACGGUUUUGUUUUCUAAGGGUGUUUUUAUGGUUCCAGUGAUAGGUUAACAAGGUAUUUACAGGAGAAACAUUCUUCAGAACUCGACUAAUGAUCUAUGUGGCCUUUGAAAACGGUUGUGACCUUGAUGAUAUCUUGUGUCUUCCGGGUGACCUCUCCUCAUUUCUUUAGUGAUUCGGUGAUUUUGUGAUGUGUUACGAAACUUCACACGGGUUAUGUAUGUCUUGGUGAUCUGUGAUGCCUCCCUGUGCUUCUUGUGCCUUCUGGUGAUUUCCCAAUGACCUUCCAUUCCUGGCGGUUCUCUGGGGGCGUCCUGUGAUUCCCUGUGCUUCUCUUGCAGGCGGGAUGCACGAGAGAUGAGCACGGAGGUGUCCUCUCCCGGCGAAGACGUGCUGGGCUGGGUCACGGAGACAGCGAUACGGGCGGGAUUUGCGGGCGUUGUGGGCAGCGACCAAGACCUGCUCCCCCUCCUCCAGCAGCAGCAGCAGGACCAGGAGGGGGAGCAGCACGCCCACACACAGCUCGACCGCCGGAACAGCAGCGGCCCGGUGGACGAAGAGGAGCAGCAGCAGCACUGGAACCGCCUGGGCAUGCUGCUCAUGGUGUCCACGAUGGCCGCCCUGGGCACGCUGGGUAACAUCUUCGCCAUCGCCGCCGUCAUGACCGAAGACCACCUCAAGAAGAAAGGGAACGUGCUGGUGGUGAACGUGAUGCUGGCAGGGCUGGUGGUGAGUGCUGGGGUGCUGCCCGCCUGGGUGGUGGCGCUGCUGGCGGGAUGGUCGCGCCCAACGCCCGUCUGCUCCGCCUCUUGGAUCCUCACCACGCUGGCCGCCCACGCCUCGCUGCUCACCCUUCCUUCUCUCGCCUGGGAGAAUUCGGCACGGGUUGGGGGUCGGAGCGUGGGCGUGCUGGUGCUGUCGACCAUGGUGGGUGUGUCGUGGGCGGGCGCCAUUGCCAUCACAGUGUCUCAGUGGGUGACCGACUUGGCGCCGCGGCACUGUGGCCGCGCCAGCGUCACCUCGCCCCGCGCCCCUUCGCACACCGCUUUCACCUCAGUGGUGGGCGUGACGCUUGUGGCCUUGCCGCUUCUGGUGGCCCUCGUCAUUCACGCCCACACACUUCUGACCGGCCGCGGAGGUCCGAGGCGCCCUCUUCCGCCCACGGUGAAGCCUCCUCAAGCCCUGACGCGGGACUUGGCGCUGACGGGGACCAACCUGGUGGUGACGGCUGUGGCGGGCGGCUGCUGGGUGGGUGGGCUCGCCGGUGACUGGUGGGUGGAUGACCCCCUCAGGACCGGCGUGGCCUGGCUCCCCAUCGUGGCCGCCACCUGCUCCAGUUUCCUAUACGUGGCUCACAAGCCUUUCCGGGAAGCCUACGUCCAGCUGUUCCACUACUGCUGCUGCAAGACCUCAGUGUCCCUCUCCCGUCGCGGGCGCAGUGGGGAGGCUGCAGCAGCGGCAGCGGCGGCGAUGGCUGCCGCCGCGAGGCCUCCCAGUGACGUGCGGGUUCACAUCAUCCAAGGAUACAACAUGUACACCACGGCCUCCGCCCGUGACCACCGGCUGCCCACCCACAUCCACGUCAAGAUUCCCUGCAGGAGCAAGGAAUCACGACGCCCAAAACAUCACCACAAGAAGGACGUCUACGAGCUGUAGCUUCUUCGCCUCCUCCCUGCUGCUGCUGCUGCUGCUGCUGCUGCUGCUGCUGCUGCUGCUCUUUCGUCGCCUUGCGUCUCUCUUCUCUUCACCUUACUUUGUCCUUCGUGUGUAUUUGCGCGGCUCCUUCCACCCGACAUGUGCUGGUGUGCUGUUUUCUAACGCAAUUUUUCUUACGUAUAUAGCUGCCAGUUUGGCAAACUUCGGACAGGUAGAUAACAGUUUAUCGUUCUUUUGCUUACGAUCAUUCAACAUCAACCUAGCGUGUAGAUGGAACACUCUAACUUAUUAUUUUUAUGCAAUGAACUUCAACAAUCCAUCACGAAAACAAAGCUUGAGAUAAUCUACAAGUGCUUCAUUUCUGGCUCUCGAUGCUGACUCCAGCAAAGAGUUGGCUCCUGCCUAAAGGAUUCCUGGCACUACAUUCGUUCACGCGUGUGCGCAUCGCGUUGCAGCCUCGGUCGUGUUACUGAGGCUCUCCUCCCGAAGACUGGGCCGCCGCCUCCUUGACUUCGCGGAGUUCCUUGAGAACAUUGUCUUUUCCAGCAACAUUGUCAUCAGACGCUGAAGGAUCAUCUUUACCUUGCUUCAAGCACGAGAGCAGCGGUCUUGAAUUUUCUUACACUGUCUUGAUCUUUCUGCCUUCCUUUUGAAUUUCCUUUUCUACGCCGCGAAUAAUGCACACUCCACACAGCGCCACCCUCUAAAGGCUUAAUUAAUCAUCAGAAGCAAAAUUCAGCAUCAUCUGCACCUCAGGUGUCUCGGUGCACAUUCAUUAGCGGCAAAACUUUCUUCACGGGAUAUAUAUAUAUAUAUAUAUAUAUAUAUAUAUAUAUAUAUAUAUAUAUAUAUAUAUAUAUAUAUAUAUAUAUAUAUAUAUAUAUAUAUAUAUAUAUAUAUAUAUAUAUAUAUUCUUCUUGUACAAUAUAAUUAUCUUGUAACUGAAAACCAGUAUUUUAUACAGGUAUAUAGAGAUCAGUAGCAACUACCAAGUAUGAGAGCAAAUCACCCAGAUAUCAUAUUUAUUACAGAGAGUAUCAGGUGCAAGUUGACAUUAGAAACUGAUAUUUCAGCAAGUGAUAAUUGUCUUUACACAAUGAAGAAAAUAUUAAAAAUCAAGUACAAAAUUAUUUUUUCAUUCGUAGUGACUCGUAGGGAAGAAGGUAUGUAGAGUGAGGCGCGCGUGGCGGCAGGCGGCCAGUGGUGGCGAUGCCAGGCUGCGCCGCGGGUGUGGCGGCUACACCCGGCUGCCCGCCCACCGAUACCAGUCAUGUUUCACCGCCGGUGUUUCUGCUUUGUUGGAAAGACGGUGCUUUCAAGUUUCCUGCGGCGACACACAAGCCAGAUGCAGGGACGCGUGUCACCCGCCCACUGUUAACCAUGAGGAGGGUGCUCGUGGCGCCCGCAGCGUGCUCCGAGUGGCGGACUUGGCGCGAAGCUGUCACUCGCUCAUGUAACCAUUGAGCAGAGUGAAUGGCGUGCUGCCGAGUCCGUGUGGAAAGGCUCUGCUCCGGACUGUGUGUGCGUCGCGCUGGCGGUGUGGGCGGGCUGGGGGCGAGCGGCGUGCUAACAGGUGUGUCAGUAGUUGGCAGGUGUGCCAGUAGAGUAGACCACCGCUGGAAGGACGCACAGGAGACUCUCGCGGCGGCCCCAUUAUGCACCCAAUGAGGCGAGGCUCGUCAAGCUGAUCCAUUAUGCAAACUUACGCUCUGUACAAGGCGCUCGUGCCGAGGCGGGAAGCGCGUCUCUAGUCACAGGAAAACACCGAGGAAGGUUCCCCGUCCACACCUCCCUCCUUCCCGGGAUGAACCAAACUCCGCGCCCCGCCACACCAGAGACCUCUGGCUGUCUCCUAUCCUCAUAAAUUAGUCACUUUCAAAUACACCGUAAAUUAUCACAAUAAAAAUAUUAAUACAAAAUAGAAACAGUUUAUCAGAUGUUUAGUCACAAACGCCACAUAUCAGUAAUUUUCCAAAAUUAUAAAACCAGCUCAGCCUCGCUUCUCCCUCCCUGCCCUUUCCCCCUCCUUCCUUCGCCGAGAGUCCCUCCCGUCCCUCCUUCCGACGGCUCACAACUCGCUGCGAAUCACGUUACUUUUCGUGACGUCACUGGCCACUGAGCGCUCGCCCUGGUACAUACUGACUCAUGCACGUCCAGGUUGCAAGUUUAAAGAGCAAACGCGUCCGGUAUUCACACACGAGGCGGAAGCAAACAAGACGUUUUGAGAAGCAACAAGAUUCACUUCAACUGGCGGUUCGUGUCCCGCGCGGUGAGUCAGUGUGUGCCAGUGGCGUGGGUGCGAGGCCGAGGACGUCACAGCUAACGAAUGAGGAGAUAUUUAGUCUUACUCGAGUGUUUUUGCCCAGUAGCACGUGGGGGUCUUGAGGAGAUAUACAUAUUUUGAUAUCAACGCCCCGUAGGUCACCCUGCUUCAUAUCAGCGUCCCGCAAAAGGCCGCACACUUUCUAAUCCUAAGUAAGAAUCUGCACCUCUAGAAAUGAAUGAGCCGAGCAGUCCAGGUGGGGGCACGGCGACACCUCUGCCCGGCCUGAGGUUCACUUCUGCGUAGGAAUACAUAUCAAACAUUCGGCUUGUAGAGAAAAUGCACUUGAUCCUUCUACUUUACAUUGUGAGUAUAGGAAUAUAUAUGUAAACGUUCCUUGGAGUUCUUGCACUGAAGACCUUUUCGCAGUAACGUUAGACUCGUCAGCAGGACAAUACCCACGCCUGCCAAUCCAGGAGUUAACUCACAGUGUUAGUCUAACUGCGAAUAAUUGUAAACCAUGAUGAUUAUUACAAUAUAUUUUUAUAAUUGUGCGCCUCCUGCCUGCCCACCGUGAAGUUCGGUUGGCGGGAGAGAAAGAGAGAAAAAAGAGAGUUGCAGCAACCCGCCCUAGCCACGCCCUGCGUGGAGUGUGUGGCGAGACGACCAAUAGAAAAAAAAUCUCUCUCUGCUCGUUCCCGAAGCAAGGGUUCACUCCACACCCUGUUCACGCUCUCACAACUCUUUCAAAUGGGGCUUCCUAUUUGCAUCAAGUCUUCUCGUUUCCUGCAUGAGAAGCGCUUUAUACAGUAGGACGAAAUCUGAUAUAUUCUUACACUUGCCAGAACUGCUUGGGUUUUUACUUUGGCUUUUAGGUGAAAACUUGGGCAUUUUCAAGAUCAUAUGUUCGUUCCAGUCCUCAGCUGAAUGGAGCGAGGGAGUGGAUAAGCAACUCCUAAGAGCUUUCUCGAGCCUUAGCUCCGAAAAUCUGACAGAAUCCUUAAAAUAUCUGUUCAUAGUCGCUGGUUAAGUGAGGCUCACCACCGCCCUCUUCCUCUUCCUGGAUUUUCUGAUCGGUAAUCCUUACGACAAGAAGAAAAAAAAAAUCACUUGACUGGUGGCUGUUGAGUGAAUGGGCGGUGGACCUUAUCCGUCAAUUCAAUGUGAACGGAUUUUAGAUGCGUGUCUGCCCGGGUUGAGUGCUGAGUGCGACAGUCGCGCAUCCACCGGGAAGUACGACGAGGCGCGGCCCGCGGGCCACACCUCGGCGUGGGCGCCACGACCUGGUCUCCACCACUCCACUGCCACGCUGGGAGGCGACUUUGUAAAGACCAAAGUGUUCCGUUGUCUCGUGUGUGUCAUGCUAACAAAGGGAAUACGACUAUGAACCGUAUUUCGAACGUCACGCAAAUUUCGCUGUACAUGUCAAAAUUUGUACCACUUUACGUAUUGGUGUUCAACGUGUCAAUGACAUUCUGGUGUUCUGGCUGUUUCAUCCAAAUGUUUCACCCAAAAGUAUUUGUUUCGUCGUUGACUGCCAAGUGCGCUAAGUACCUAUUAAAGUGUAGUGUAACAGAUAUCCUUAGUACAGUGUGUUUGUGUGUGUGUGUGUGUGUGUGUGUGUGUGUGUGUGUGUGUGUGACAGAGAGAGAGAGAGAGAGAGAGAGAGAGAGAGAGAGAGAGAGAGAGAGAGAGAGAGAGAGUGGUGUGUUUAUCGUGGUGUCAGUGAGCGAUACUACUGCUUCUUGUCGGUAAUCAUGACGUAAAGCAAUGACGUGCUUCGUGCAGUCGGCCAUCAUCUAUCUCUCUACCACUGCGCAGGGACAGGACGCGAGGCUGGGCCGACCAAGCCUCCGGACCUGUGCCAAGAGACCAACAUUUCCAGCUUUUGUACGUGUCAGCUCUGCAUUUCAGUACACGGUGUUCUAUCACAGGCAGAGUGGUGUGCCUACCAAGUGCCUCCUGGCAAAGUCUACAUUUAAGGCUGAUGAAGGGUAGUCCAGCCUUUUUAAGUCUCUAGCGUCACCUUCAAGAAAUAUAGCUUCGUAUGGAAUCCCUUUACAUCCGCAUCAGCUGUAGCGUAGGACCAAGAGAUCCUUACUUAUAUGUGUUGAGGCGUUUAGUACUUAGUGGACAGUAAUGUAGUGUAAUUCUGUUCUUUAAUGUUCUCUGUAGUACAAUUGCUUUGUACAAGUAGUCAUUCUGCCGCUAUCAGGCUCUCCCUUGUUGCGUUACUGUGGGGUUUUACUUAUAUCACGCGCCCUAAAUUAACUAGUAGUGAAUAUAACAAUUAAUGUACUCAACACUAUGAACUUUUGUACAUAUCCAAGUAACCGAGGACCAGUACGAGCACCGCAGCACACGGCAGACCCUCGCUCCUUGCUCGAUGCCUCAAUCUGUCUGUCUCUUUCACGCGAUCGAAAACUCAACUUGACCAAGAUUCUCUGUCCCCGCACCAAGCGCCAGGCGGUGUGCCGCGCGAGGGCGGGAGUGAACGUGAAAUGUCCAUGUUAUUUUAUGCCACAAAAAAAUAAAUAAACAAGUAUUCGUGUUUCAACUUGUGUGAGUUGAUGGAGAUUCCCGUGCGGGAUUGGACUACAAAUAUUUGGUUCUCGUGCUGGUAGUAAGCCUCUUCAGUGUAGAAUACUAGAAGUCAAUCACGGUGAAUUUGAUAUAUUAUCCAUAUAAUAUAUAUAUUUAUAGAUGAGAAUAUCAUUUGCAUAUACAAAGGUACAUACAUAUAUACAAGCAUAUUACUUCAGUUAGCCGCGGUGGUGCGAGGGCGGGCAGAGGCCAGGGGAGCGAUGUAGCAUUAAUUCUAAGAUACCAAAGGGAAGAAGCCCUCCAGAAGCAUUCAUUUGGCAAAUUCUCAUAGUAGUAUUACAGUGCCAACUCCUCCCCAUGCUCCUAACGCCCUCACAGGCUCCAUUUCUGCUUUUAAUUAUUUCUUCCCUUACGGGUAUUUAGACUUUGGUUUGUUUGUGGUGGGGAGGAAGCAGACUCGUGCACGCCUCCUCCUGCCUCACUAUCAGGCGUGGCAGGCGUGCAGAGUGAAGAUGAGGCAAGAUGACACGAAUGGAAAAAAAAAAAAAUUCCAUAGUAAACAAUACACAAAACAUCUGGAGAAAGAACACACACACACACACACACACACACACACACACACACACCAAACACUCCGGUUCCUCAAUAUUCCAACUUUGGCACCGUCGUCAAAAGAUAAUCACUACAGACAGACAAACAAACAAAUGAUGUGGAGUACAGGCAGACGAGGCCUUGUUCGCGAGGAUCCCCGAAGCCAGAGCCGAGGUGUGUGUGUGUUUUUGUGUGUGUGUGUGUGUGUGUGUGUGUGUGCCUCCUGCUGACUGAGGGAUUCCGCUUCUCGAGGCAGAACACAGAUGAGAUGGUUCGCUAUUUCUAUUACAGAUUCAUUCUUUUUAGUAUUUUAUUUGAUUUUUUGAAGCUACUUAACUCAAGACAUGUUUAGAUAUUUUGUAAACAGCUGAGAGCAACACUCUUAUCAAAGUAGAUAAUUAUAAAUAAACUGUCACUGAAAAA